UGCUUCACUGGUUUCUUCAGUCUAUCAUAACGUCUGACAAGAGAGGUUCGACAAAGAACUUUCUGCACUGUACGUUCUCCUCUUUCUCAUCCGCUGCUUUCCUAACUCAGCUUUCACGCCAGUGUUCACUUAUCCCACUAGGAGUAGUUGCAAUAAUAGAUUUACGCUCCUCUUUUAGUUUUGCCUCCGAACACAAGAAUGGAUAACAGUGCAGCGGAGCAGUCCCACGCACCACCAAUGUGUGUCAAGGCAUGUGGAUUCUUUGCAAAUGCGUCUUCGAACGGAAUGUGUUCCAAGUGUUACAAGGAAUCGCAACACAGGCAGCAGGAGGAGCAGGCUCAGCUGGCAUCUGAGGGAAAGCGCUGCGAAGGAUUGGGCAGCACUGCUUCUUCGGGCUGCCGUCUCUCCUCUCAUCCAUCACCAUUCAUGACAUCCACACAAGACCGUUCUAGUGCACCCGAUACACCAACCCAUGGUAACCCAGUUUCUGAAGCCGCCUCUUCGGCAGUACGUACUGAAGCAAGUGGACCCAUUGCGGAACUAUCUUCGCCCUCUGUCUCUAUCGCUGAUGCCAUUGUGCCGUCCGAACCCGAAUGCACUGAUAGUUCACCGAAGAAGGCCAAGAAAGCCCGUUGUGAACUUGACGGAUGUAAAGCUCGAGUCGGACUUUUAGGAUUUGACUGCCGAUGUGGAUUGAAAUUUUGUUCAAAACAUCGCUAUUCUGAUCAACACAACUGCUCGUUUGAUUACAAAACUGACGGUAGAUCGCUCCUGGAGAAAUCUCAUCCUGCCGUCGUUGCUUCCAAAGUUGGUAAGCUUUGAUGCAAAACUUGCACUUGCAAUUUUUCAAUUGUAUAUACAACAAUGUUGGACAGUUGACUACUAAUUCCACUCGUAUUUCACCACAUACCACCCCUGCUACCUCCUUUUGCAUCGCUAUUAGACGCCCUACACGGCUGAAGCUUCUACACGCCUGUAGACCAUUAACCGCUGACUGCUGCUUUUUCACGGUGAACUUUUGACCCUUUAUUUGCACCGGCUAAUUUAAAAAUUGCUCCUCGCCAGUUAAAUUAAUUGCAUACUUCUGUAGACUUUAAACAAGGUUCUGGUAUCCUGACUGCGAAUAAUCGACACACCGAACACCUUCCCUGAAGCUAAAUCUUAUCGCAUAAAAUUGCAUGCAUGUAGGAUGUCUAUUGUUGCUUUUAUCGGCUGCUCGUAUCUUCUUUUUCCGGAAAUCAAUUUAACGUGUUGUUCCAUCCCUCGUUGUGCUUUCAUCCCUUCCAGUACUCCAGUGGUGAGACUGUUUCAUUUUUAACUCGAA